CCACGAUCAUUCCACCUCAAGCCCCCCCUCCUCACAACAACAACAACAUGAAGGUGACAAUCGCCGUGUGUCUGCUGGCCGUGGCUGGGGCAGCGCUCGCCCUCCCCCAGUACCAACACGGACCGCCCGUCGCCUACAGGCCCACGCCUUCCUAUAACGAGGUGCCCCGCUACGCGUUCGACUACGGCGUGCGGGACAACUUCGGCAACGACUUCGGCCACCAGGAGAGUCGUGACGGCUACAACACCAAGGGCUCCUACUACGUGCAGCUGCCCGACGGCCGCCUGCAGCGCGUCAACUAUUACGUCAACGGCGACUCGGGAUUCGUGGCGGAGGUCACCUAUGAGGGCGAGGCGCGCUACCCAGCCUACAGCCCCGCCCCCGCCUACAGACCCGCCCCAGCCUACAGACCCGCCCCAGCCUACACCCCAGCCCCCGCAUUACGGAUAGAACAAUGACCUGUAAUCCGCCAAGCACCGUCCCUUCGCAGCCACCGCAGCACAAGGCGUCUCUGCAGCUAUUUAUAUACUCGAAUGUAAAUAUUUUUGUACGAAACUAUGGUAAGAGAGUAAAGACCGCGUGAACUGAACUGAA